CCAGUCUCCGCGAACAAUCGGCCCUCAGUUAUUUAUGAGCAGCGCUUUCUCUCUCUCCCGACUCAGUCUGUUGUGAAAGCUUCUCAGAGACGCACACCGUAGCAGUGCACUCUCUCAGCGGAACGUAGUAUACUCAGGAUACGAAUUUAUACUUUCCAGUUAUAGGAAAUUCUAUUAGGAUUACAUUACGUUUAAAAGAAAUAUAAACGAUAUAGACCUACGGCGUCCACAACUUGUUUCCGUGAUGACAAUGUAAAUAGAUCUGUGGUUAACUAAUAAUCCAAACCACCAAAGUUCAACACAGCACAUUCACUUAUAUAUUCUCUGAUUGACUGAGAUGAGAACUGCUGAGGAGUCUUCUGGCACGGUUCUACACCGUCUAAUCCAGGAGCAGCUCCGUUACGGGAACCCCACGGACACCCGUACCCUCCUGGCCAUCCAGCAGCAGGCCCUGCGUGGAGGCAGCAACAGCAGCGGAGGAGGCGGGAACCCCACAGACACCCGUACCCUCCUGGCCAUCCAGCAGCAGGCCCUGCGUGGAGGCAGCAACAGCAGCGGAGGAGGCGGUACCGGAUCACCCCGCUCCUCUCUGGAGAGCCUGACCCAGGAAGAGUCCCAGUUCAUCCACAUGUCCACCAGACAGGACCCCCAGGGUCAGGAGUACCAGGGGGACUACAAACACUGUGAGAGGGACUCCGUGUGUCACCUCUACCAGCUCCACAGACACGGAGAGGAGCUGCCCACCUAUGAGGAGGCCAAGGCCCACUCUCUGUAUCUGGCCUCGGUAGGAGCCCAGCGGGGUCAGGGGCUUGAGGUGAUGGAUCACCAGGGAGGGGGCCAGUGGGAUUUGAAACGGGAGCACGCCCGCUCCCUCAGUGAACGGCUCAUGCAGCUCUCCCUGGAGAGGAAUGGUGGAUCAUGUGGAUCCAGAGACAGUCUGCCCCUCAGCUCAACACAGAGUUACCCACAGCUUUCCAAUGGCCACUGUGGGCCUGUUGACCACCAGGGACCAGAGUCUCUCCAGUACCCCGAUCAGAGGGGACCUCCUCCGGACUACUACCCCUUCCUGGUCAGGCCUCCUGGAUACAUGCUCAGCCACUCACAGGAGACACACGGACACUACCACCAGGAACCUCCUCCCCCAUUCCACUCCCAGCACAGGUAUGAACCUGCCCAUGCCCAGAUGAUUCGCCACAGUGUCCAUUCUGGUCCAGAGGUCUACAUGAGUCACGCCAACCCCAGUACCCACAACAACAGUGCCCAGAUGGACCUGUUGAGGGAAAAUGAGAGACUGAGGAAAGAGCUGGAGGGAUACAGCGAGAAGGCUGCCAGACUUCAGAAGCUGGAAGUAGAGAUCCAGAGGAUAUCUGAGGCCUACGAGACCCUGAUGAAGGGCUCAGCCAAGAGAGAGACCCUGGAGAAAACCAUGAGGAACAAACUGGAGUCAGAGAUCAAGAGACUACACGACUUCAACAGAGACCUCAGAGAUCGUCUGGACACUGCUACAAAACAGCGAGUAACCAAAGAUGUUGAAUCUGCCAACCAGAAGCAGCAGGUGUUCGCCAAGCUCCUCGAACAAAAUGAGGAACAGCAGCGGGAGGUGCAGCGUCUGCGUGGCUCCGGGGAGGAGUGGCUUCGGCGCCGGGAGGUUCUGGAGCUGGCCCUGGGGUCGGCACAGACCCGUAAUCUGGCCCUGGAGGAGGAGCUUAGAAGGAAGAAGGCGUAUGUAGAGAAGGUAGAGCGGCUGCAGAGUGCCCUGGGCCAGCUACAGGCAGCCUGUGAGAAGAGAGAGGCCCUGGAACUGAGGCUGAGGACCAGGCUGGAGCAGGAGCUGAAGAGCAUCCGAUCAGCACAGUCCCACAGCACGGCUAGCGGUCCUGGCUCCCUGCCCUCUGAUCUGAGCUCCAUGGUGUCUGUACAGCAGCAGCAGCUGGCUGAGAGAGAAGAGAGGAUCCUGGCUCUGGAGGCUGACAUCACACACUGGGAACAGAAGUACCUGGAGGAGAGCACCAUGAGGCAGUUCGCUAUGGACGCAGCCGCCACCACUGCAGCUCAGAGAGACAGCAGCGUCAUCAAACACUCGCCUCGUCACUCACCCAACAACAGCUUCAACGACCACCUUCCAUUCAGCCACAGGCAUCGGGAGAUGGAGAACAGAAUCCGAGCGCUGCACUCCCAGCUCCUGGAGAAGGAUGCCGUGAUCAGGGUGUUACAGCAACGGACUGGACCAGAGCAGCAGGCCCUCCUCCGCCCUGCCAGGUCCGUCCCCUCCAUCAGCACCGCUGCCAAUGCCUCAACAUCCACCUCCUUCAAUGGCCCGGUGGAGCGACCCAUCUGGGGAAAAGGAAAGAGCCUCUCUGAUGACCAGACGGCUGCUGCAGUGUCUCCUCUGUCCCGAUCCCCCCACCAACACCCCCGCAUCCCCCUGGCCCUGCCUCUCCACUACUCCAAGCCCCAGAGUAGGGAUCACAGCAGCCAGUGUGAUAGUGAUGUCCCAGCCCAAAAGGCUGACCUCACAGUGGAUCCCCCCAACAGUUCAGACACUGCAGCAGGCGUAGUAGAAAUCCUUAUUUAACAAACGUUGAACUGUGGAUGGACAGUGAAAACACGGUCGAUGACCGAGACAACUUCCUGUCCUGCAUAUCCCACCCAGAGCGAAGAAGACAGCCUGCCCGUCUGUCUGUUUCUGGCCAGACUGGCCUCCAGAUGAACAGAAGGACACUUCCUUUGAAGACAGAGGGACAGUUUGGAGACGGACAUGGACAUGUGCUUCCUACCUACCUACCUUCCUUCCAUCUUACCUAUUUUCAUACUGUACCUUCCUUCCUACCUACCUACCUACCUACCUUCCUUCCUUCCUUCCUACCUACCUACCCACCUACCUACCUACCUA